AUGCUGCAGAACGGGAGUAUGCGUGGUUGGGCAUUGGCGCUGCUUUUGGUGAUUGCGUUCCUCCUUCCAUGCAGCGCCUGCUGCGGAAGACGGGUAGCCAAGUACUUUGUCGACCCAAGACGAGGUUUGCACAAGUACAUCUUGCUGACGCUCAUUUGCCUCUUCAUCCCAGGUUCCUAUUUCCACGAUGGCCUGGUGCAGAGCUUCAAGGGCCCCAUCUCUGAUAGCAUGCACUUGAGCAACUCCCAGUUUGCCUCGCUGUUCGUGGUUAGCUCGCUCACAGGGGUUCUUUGCUCUCCGGGCAGCUUGCUGAUCUCUCGUGUGGGGCGGACAAGCAGUGCAAUAGCAGCAAGCUUUAUGGCCGCCAUAGGCUCCAGCGUCACUACAGUCGGAUAUGUAUGGGGAAGUCUGGCGCUGAUGCUGUUGGGCAGACUUCUGUUUUGGUUUGGCCUGAAUGUUUUGCUCAUGGUGCAGACUAUCUUGACUUACGAUCUUUACAAAGGAAGAAACUUGAAUUGUGCGAUGACCACGAUCGUGCUUUCGAUCCGUCUGGGAGGAAGUAUGUCCUAUCCCAUGUCUGGUCCCCUUCUUCGCAGCCUUGGCGUAUUGGAUUCCCUCUGGUUCUCGGUAAUGCUGGUUGUGGCUGCCUUCUUUUCUACGCUACUCUUUGGCUAUUUGUUUCAGUGGACUGCAACUGCCCGAGCUGUUCGCCCCAUGCUAGAGCGGCAUCAGACGCCAUCCAGCAUAGAGCUGGGGUUGGUUCGGAAGGUCCCCAAGCUUGUCUUCGUGUUCUUGUCAGGUAUUGCAGCAAUUUGGGGUGUCGUCUUUCCUUUUGAAGUGAUUGGCAACGACAUGCUCCAGAAAGAGUUCGGAUACUCAGCAGACGACGCUGGCUUCAUCAUUGCCUUGGCUCCCAUGAUUUCAAUCUGCAGCCCGGCUUUGGCGCCAUUCCUCGGAUCCAGAUUGACACAAAAGCUUGUUGCAUUUGGAACGGGAAUGGUGUUUUUGGCUCUGGCAUUCUUUGUCAUUGCUGUGCUGAGAUGGGCCGUUCUUGGCAUUGUGCUCGUGGGCAUGGGGUACGCGGUAUCUGUGUGUGCUUCCUACAGUUCGCUGCCUCUGGUCAUAGCAGCCGUGGCGCCAGCUGAGCUUCAAAAGAAAAUGGAAAGCUUGGCGGUGGGCCUGAACCAAGUCGGUUCGGGGACGAGCAUGAUUGUCUCGAACCUUACCAUCGGCAUCAUCAAGGACCACACCUCUUACAGAUGGGCCUGUGUGUACCUUGCCGCGGUGUCCUGCUGUGGGUUGGCGAGCGCAACUUGA